UCCAAUUCCACAUCUGUCUGCUCCACGAUGAUUCCUCGGAGGCAGAGGUAUGGCCUCACAAGUCUUGGUCUACCCACCAUAUGUUUAUCAAACCCAGUCAAGUGCCUUUUGCAGUGUGAAGAAACUCAAAGUAGAGCCAAGCAGUUGUGUAUUCCAGGAAAGAAACUAUCCACGGACAUAUGUGAAUGGUAGAAACUUUGGAAAUUCUCAUCCUCCCACAAAGGGUAGUGCUUUUCAGACAAAGAUACCAUUUAACAGACCUCGAGGACACAACUUUUCACUGAAGACAAGUGCUGUUGUUUUAAAAAAUACGGCAGGUGCUACAAAGGUCUUAGCUCAGGCGCAGCACGUUCAAGUGGAGGCACCUCAGUUUGGGACUUGGCGAAACAGGUUCCACAUACUAGAAGGCCCCCAGCGAUGCGGAUUGAAGCGCAAAAGUGAGGAGUUGGAUAAUCAUAGUAGCGCAAUGCAGAUUGUUGAUGAAUUGUCCAUACUUCCUGCAAUGUUGCAAACGAACAUGGGAAAUCCAGUGACAGUUGUGACAGCAACCACAGGAUCCAAACAGAAUUGUACCACUGGAGAAGGGGACUAUCAGUUAGUCCAGCAUGAAGUCUUGUGCUCCAUGAAAAAUACUUACGAAGUUCUUGAUUUUCUUGGUCGAGGCACUUUUGGCCAGGUAGUUAAAUGCUGGAAAAGAGGGACAAAUGAAAUUGUGGCAAUCAAAAUUUUGAAGAAUCAUCCUUCUUAUGCACGUCAAGGUCAAAUAGAAGUGAGCAUAUUAGCAAGACUCAGUACUGAAAAUGCUGAUGAAUAUAACUUUGUACGAGCUUAUGAAUGCUUUCAGCACCGAAACCAUACUUGUUUAGUUUUUGAGAUGCUGGAACAAAAUUUGUAUGAUUUUCUGAAACAAAAUAAAUUCAGUCCCUUGCCACUAAAAGUAAUUCGGCCCAUCCUUCAACAAGUGGCCACUGCACUGAAAAAAUUGAAAAGUCUUGGUUUAAUUCAUGCUGACCUCAAGCCAGAAAAUAUUAUGUUGGUGGAUCCUGUCCGGCAGCCAUACAGGGUUAAAGUAAUAGACUUUGGGUCUGCCAGUCAUGUAUCAAAGACUGUCUGUUCAACAUAUCUACAAUCUCGGUACUACAGAGCUCCAGAGAUUAUAUUGGGGUUGCCGUUUUGCGAAGCCAUAGACAUGUGGUCGUUGGGCUGUGUGAUUGCAGAGUUAUUCCUUGGAUGGCCACUCUACCCAGGAGCCUUGGAGUAUGACCAGAUUCGAUACAUUUCUCAGACUCAAGGUUUACCAGGAGAACAGUUAUUAAAUGUGGGUACGAAGUCCACAAGAUUUUUUUGCAGAGAAACAAAUAUUUCUCAUUCUGGUUGGAGAUUAAAGACUCUAGAAGAGCAUGAGACAGAGACAGGAAUGAAGUCUAAAGAAGCCAGAAAGUACAUAUUCAACAGCUUGGAUGAUAUAGUGCAUGUGAACACGGUGAUGGAUUUGGAAGGAAGUGAUCUUUUGGCCGAGAAAGCUGAUAGAAGAGAAUUUGUUAGCCUUUUGAAGAAAAUGUUGCUGAUUGAUGCAGAUUUAAGAAUUACUCCAACUGAAACUUUGAACCAUCCUUUUGUUAAUAUGAAACAUCUUUUAGAUUUUCCUCAUAGCAACCAUGUAAAAUCCUGUUUUCAUAUUAUGGAUAUUUGUAAGUCUCAUCUAAAUUCAUGUGACACAAAUAAUCACAGUAAAGCAUCACUUUUAAGACCAGUUGCUUCAGGCAGUGCUGCUAAUCUGACGGCAAAUUUUACUAAAAUUGGCACACUAAGAAGCCAGGCGCUAACCACGUCCACGCAUUCCGCUGUGCACCACGGGAUGCCUCUGCAGGCGGGACCUGCGCAGUUUGCUUGUGGUGAUGCUUUCCAGCAGACACUGAUCAUCUGUCCGCCAACGAUCCCAGGUAUUCCUGCAACUCACGGUAAACCCACUAGUUACUCAAUCAGGGUAGAUAACACAGUUCCCCUUGUGACUCAGGCCGCAGCUGUGCAGCCGCUGCAGAUCCGAGCAGGAGUUCUUUCCCAGCAGGCGUGGUCUGGUAGAACACAGCAGAUGCUGGUACCUGCCUGGCAACAGAUAGCACCCAUGGCUCCUGCUACAACUACACUAACUUCUGAGGGUGUGGCUGGUUCACAAAGGCUUGGAGACUGGGGGAAAAUUAUUUCACACAGCAACCAUUAUAACUCAGUGAUGCCGCAGCCUCUGCUCACCAAUCAGAUAACCCUCUCUGCCCCUCAGCCCAUAAGUGUGGGCAUUGCACACGUGGUCUGGCCACAGCCUGCCACCACCAAGAAAAACAAGCUCUGCCACAACAGAGGUAUUUUGGUAAAACUAAUGGAAUGGGAGCCAGGAAGAGAGGAAAUAAAUGCUUUCAGUUGGAGUAAUUCAAUGCAGAAUACCAAUAUUCCCCAUUCAGCAUUUAUUUCUCCAAAGAUGGUCAAUGGGAAAGAUGUCGAGGAAGUCAGUUGUGUUGAAACACAGGACAAUCAUGACCCAGAAGGAGAGGCAAGAAACGGGUGUGGCACGCCUGUCAGACAGGACUCGGACUCCUCGGGCUCAGACAAACAGCGGCAAACCAUCGUCAUCGCCGACUCCCCAAGCCCCGCCGUGAGUGUCAUCACCAUCAGCAGCGACACCGACGAGGAGGAGACGUCGCAGAGGCACUCGCGCCGAGAAUGUAAAGGGAAUCUCGAUUGUGAAGCUUGUCAGAGCACUUUGAAUAUUGACCGGAUGUGCUCACUAAGUAGUCCUGAUAGUACUUUGAGCACCAGCUCCUCCGGGCAGUUCAGCCCAUCCCCUUGCAAGAGACCCAACAGCAUGUCAGAUGAAGAGCAAGAAAGUGGCUGUGAUACUGUGGAUGGCUCUCCAACAUCCGAGUCUUCCGGGCACGGCAGUCCGUUUGCAGAGAACAGCUUUGUGGAGAACACUCAUCCGAACACAGACCUGGUAACCUCCUCGGACACGAAAACCAAACCAGCUGUUUGCACUGUGGGGGUGCCGCCACUGGGGCUGGAAAACGGAUUAAAUGCCGAUGAGCAUAUGACAAACACAGAUUCUCCAUGCCAGCCAUUAAUAAAAGGACGGCCUGCUCCUGGAAGAUCACAUCAGCCUUCGGCAGUGGGCAGUCGUCAGCAGAAAUUGACAUCAGCAUUCCAGCAGCAGCAUUUGAACUACAGUCAGGUUCAACACUUUGGAUCUGGACAUCAAGAGUGGAAUGGAAACUUUGGCCAUCGACGACAAGCUUAUAUCCCUACUAGUGUUACCAGUAAUCCAUUCACUCUUUCUCAUGGAAGUCCCAGUCACACAGCAGUGCAUGCCCAUCUGGCUGGAAGUGCUCACCUUGGAGGACAGCCUACUUUCCUUCCAUACCCAUCAUCAGCUGCCCUCAGUAGUGCUGCACCAGUGGCCCACCUCUUAGCCUCUCCAUGUACCUCAAGACCUAUGUUACAGCAUCCAACCUAUAACCUCUCCCAUCCCAGUGGCAUAGUUCACCAAGUCCCAGUGGGCAUAAAUCCCCGUCUGUUACCAUCCCCAACCAUUCAUCAGACUCCGUACAAACCAAUCUUCCCACCACAUUCUUACAUUGCAGCGUCACCUGCAUAUACUGGAUUUCCAUUGAGUCCAACAAAACUCAGCCAGUAUCCAUAUAUGUGAAAACUCAAAACAGUAUAUUGAGGAAGCUCAAUGAAAUAACCAUUUGAUUAAAAAUAAAAACAUGGUAUUUAAUAAAUAUUAGCCAUGGCACAAGAAAAUUAUUUUUGAAUCAUGUAGACUUGGGUGCAAUUUAAACAACUUUGAGCUUUAAAAAAAACUCACUUUUAAUGUGUUUUGCACAUUUGGUAUAACUUGUCUUUGGUCAUGUUAUCUUCUUAUGUAGUAACUCUAGACAGGUGACUUAUGGGAGCAGAAGUCCAGUUUUGCUCCUGCUAUUUUUUAUAAAAUUGCCUUCUAACUAGUGCAAGACACGUCCACAUUUGGGAAGCCAUUCUGUGUACAGACUUAGAGCAACAGAUGCACAUAUGUCAGAAUUACAGCAUACAAGUGAAGUGUAUUAUCUCUGUCUUAGUGUGUAAAUGUUGGGUCACUUACCUAAGAAGUUGAGCUAUUGUUCUUUACAUUUGCAUGUGUCUUUUGCAUGGGCAAAAUGUUGCCUAGACUUUGCUCUUAAAUGUUGUUCUAAUAAUCUCAGCUGCAUUGUAAACCGUUCCCACACAUAGUGCCUUAAAUAUUUGAGGUUGUUAAUGUUAUUACUUAUUAUAAAUGUUGAGGACUGCAGCACUUAAAAUCCAGACCUACUCUUUUCUUUUGAUAGAGUAAUGUUCUUUUUGGGUUUUGUGUGGUAUGAUUUUGGAUAGUAACUGUUUUUUCUUUAUUAAGAGGGCAGCAUGUUUGCUAUAGCUAAAUUCUGCUGUCUGAUUUUUCAGAAUGAUCUAGCUUCAAGAAAAGCAAGCAGUUUGUAGUGCUUAAGAAAAAUUAAUUCAGUAUCUAAUGGAUAGUUGAUAACUGUCACAACACGGCAUUUUAUAUAAUGUUAAGUGAAACUGCAAUACAAUCUAGGUUUAUUUUGGGAGUGUUUGCUGUAUAAUUGGAUUUAAUAAAAUGUUUAGAGAUAUGCAGUAGGCAUGACUUUGAAUAGAUAAAGGAAGAAAAUGCAAAAUGCUCAUUGAUUCAUGAUGUGGUUUCAUCUUAGCUUGGGCAAACCAUGCAGUAUUUAAUAAAUAGUAGCAGAAUAUUUACUAUUGAAGCUUGAAAAGAUGUGAGUUCUUUGUGUGCAAUUUUUCAUUUAUGCAUGUGAGAGGGUUUUUUAAAAAAAUAUUUUUACAUUGUAUUUGUUUUGCUUGUUGGUGGUGUUUGCUUAUUUAAUACAUUCCGUCAGGGACAAAAAUUACAUGCUUUUUCCCCCCCUUCCCUUAGGAAGUAUGUCUUGGGUUUUACCCCCUUUAUUGAAUUCAUUUCUUUCUUUUUUUGUGGUGGUGGUGAUGUUUAAAUGAAGUUGCUUUUACAGCACCAAAGACUUUAUCAUCCAUUUCCUAUAUAAAAGGUAGCUACUUUUUGCAUAGACCUCGAGUAUAUUGUAGUGUAGAGAUGGAAUUUAAGAAAGGUAUUAAACUGAGGCUGUGUUUUAGCUUACGGGCAAGUAAUAAAUUGUAUCAUUUAUCUUGAAUGUAUCAUAGAUAAGCUGCUAUAUAACGAUUGCCACUUCAGAUAGCUGUGAAAUUAGGUGAUUAACUAGUUGUUACUUAGCCUUCUAAUUUCUGUAUAAGUCUAAUUACAUGAAAUAGAAUUUGGGGUUUUGGUUUUUUGUUGUUUUUUUUUUUUUAACUUGGCUUUCUGUUUGGAGUGUCAUUGUAACUACUGUACUGUAAAUGAUGGAAAAUAAUUGCUUAUGUUAUUUUGGAGUGUGUUAUUUGCAUCAGUAUUUUAUCUCUAUUAAUGUUUGUGCUCAUCACUGCAUAUAAAAACAACUUGGAUGUAUCAAUGUAACUUGAUUUUUUAUUUUCAUACUGGUAUUGUAGACACUUGAUUGAGAAAGCUGUAUCUUGCAGGCUUGACUUAACUUUUUUUUCCUUAAAAAUCUGGAAUGUAAUCUUACAGCAUUUACUGGAAUACAGAGUACAAAACAGUUGGGUGUAGACCUCUCCAAAUGUUUUGGACUUACAGCAUUUCUUUGGUGAAUGAGUUGCAUACCACUAGUACAGCGCUGACAAUAAGCUAAUAAUGGACAAACAUUUCUUUACUCCAUUAACACAAGCAGUGUUUUAUUUAAUAAUCAAUGAAAUGUGCCUGAAAUUGGUUUUUAAAAAUUACAGUAUUAGAUCAUAAGAUGAAAACCAGCAGUACAUUUUUAGUCACACUGAAAAUGAAGGACUUAAUUUUCCCCACAAGUUUCAGUGUUUUUAGUAAUCAAUUCUAUGCAUUUUAUAUAAAUAUAAAUAUAUAGCUAAAUAUAGUACACAUAAGGAAGGAGUGGCCUGAUUAAUUUAAAAGAUAAUACACAGAUGACAAAUUUCUGGAGUCACCGUUUAACCCUUUCAUGGCCCGUGGGACAUAUAUCACCCGCCAACAUUUUCAACCUCUCAGCUUUCUUGGGAACCUGAUCGCCCAGUGGUACGUAGUCUGUGCCUGGCGGGGACUUGUGUAACUGUGUGUGAACCUAAGGAAGUAGGCCUUACCCAAGCAAUCCUACCACAAGAGUCCACCUGGGACUUCUGUGCCCUGUAUAAUUGUAUCAAAGCCCAUAUUACCUCAGACCAGCUUUUUUUAUCUCUUAUUUUCAGCAUGCCUGUCAUUACUGAAAAUACUUAUCAAAAUAAAGAUCCAAGCAGAAAGUGGUUCAGUCAUGAAAGGGUUAAGCAAUGUUGCCGCUCUCCAGAGCCUUUUACUUUAAAGUGUCACACAUCCAGGGGAUGCUGGCCUUUGCUCCCUUCUUGGAAAUGAAAUCAGUGCUGGGCGUGGGUAUUUCAGAAACAGCACGUACAAGUACAGAACUGGCUCAGCUUGAUUUUUUUUCAGGGUCCAAUUCAAAUGUUCCCUGACAUGUCUUAUUUUCUGUAUUUAAGUUUCAAGACCGAGAUCGUCUUGCUAAAUGGACAAUAAAUGGUAAAAUUCAACAUUUUCAUAAACAAUCAUAAUGUUUGAUAACCCCAGUUAAGUACACUGUUCUUAAUUGAUUAUAAUCAUGGACUUUUUAAUGUAUCUAAAAGAAAACCAUUUUUAAAUUCUACUAAUCUGAAUUUAGUUUAUUGACAAAAAGAAUCUGGGUAAUGUCUUUAAAACCAUUUUUACCAGUUUUCUUGGUUUUAAUUGCCUUUUUAAAUAAAACACUGCAUGACUUCCCAUUUACAUAUUUGCAUACUAUUUUAAUUCACAAGUGAUUUUAAAUGAAAUAUCCUGAUAUUUAGUUUGUUUUCCCUUUGGAGUUUUUAAUUAAAGAUGUUACUGUAAUAGCAAAAUCAUUUUCGUUUUUAAAAUCUACUAAUUUUAAACUUUGUGUUAAGUAAAAGUUAAAUCAUACACUGCAAGGUGUAGAGGAUUUGUUUUAAUGAACCCAGUGAUAGAUAUUUGAUGAUUAAGUUUGACUUGUUAACUGUCUAACAGUUGUAGACUGUGGCUUUCUUCUUGGGUUUGUUUGUUUUUGCUUUGACUUCUGUGCUACACUCGUUUGCCAUGUAGCAAUUGCACUGUGCAAUAUUACAAUAAGGACUGGGAAAAAAUUUUAUGGAUGUAAUGUCUAUUACGGUUUGCGAUAGUAUUUCUCUCUAGUUCUCAGUGAUUUAAAUGUGACCAAGCCUUCUGUACUUUGUCACAAAAAGCGGGUUUUCCAGGUGACUCUUUUGGUGAGUGUCAAAAUAAGAAUUUAUGGUGUAUUACUGUCGAUUCACUUUGAAUUAAAAUAUAUAUAUUGCAGCAAA